CGCCACUGCUUGCCACGCGCAUCCACGCUCCGCCCUCGGGCCCUUCGCCAUGGAUCCGCGGGGCGAUGCCGAGCUGGCAGACGAUGCCGAGCCGCUGCAGGGCGGAGCGGUCCCGAGCCGCCGGCUGAGCCGCCGGGCCGUGGCCGCGGCCGUCGCCGGACUCGCCGCCGUGGCGGCCGUGGGGGGCUUCGCGUGGAUCGAGCUGCGCGGAGGCAGCGCGGUGGAGGUCCAUCGCAUCGCACCGCUGGACGACUGGGAGCAGAUCCCGGGCAUCGAGGACUUCGUGCGCCGCGCGCAGGACCUAGAGCUCGAGCAGCCCGUCGUGGUGCCGCUGCCGAGCGCCUGGAACCUCACGGAGUGUGUGAUCGACGCCCUUCAGGCCUAUGCCUACUUGGGCCAAGCGAUCCUAGAGCUUUGGAGCGCGAUCGACGUGGAAGGCAGCAAGUGCCCCGACAACACGCCGGCCGGCUGCUCCGUCUCCGUGUCGGGCUUCUUGACCUCCGUGUCUUGGGUGGGCGCCUACAUCUCCAUGGCGGCCAACGCCUGUGUGGCAAUGGGCAACCAACAAGCGACUUGCGCCAAUGACUGGCUGACUCUCACUUCGAGCUUGGGGGAGAUUGCCACCGCCGGAGCCGCAGUCUCGGAGGAGUGCGACUUCAACAAGGAUUGGGUGAAGCUGUUGAAGCUCAAGGGUGAGGAAGCCGAGGAGGACGAACCGGACUGGCGGAAGUUCGUCCCAGCAGGGGCCGGUCCGACGGUGGACACCGCGCUGAAGAUCCACGAGCUCCACCGGGCUCACUUCAACAGAGAUAUCUCCUCUGCCUUUUGCGCUAUGGAUGUCACCAAUGCUGUCUCAUACUUGGUGCGAGAGGUGAUUCAGAUCAAAGUGGCCAUCCAAUCCUGCCCUCAGCCCACUGCCUGUGCAGUCAGCAUCAUGAACGUUCUGGCCUCCUUCGGGUGGAUGAUUCGCUUCGCGGCGGUGGGGGUCACGGAUUGCGCCCACUCUGACAACCAGAAGGCCAGCUGCGCAGCGUACAUCGCGGACUUGUGCCUUGGGUGGGCUGUUGAGGUGAGGAGAAGGGGAGGCCUGGAAGUUUGGUCCCAUCAGUGGCGGCGGUCUUCGGCUGCGCGGAAAACCUCGCCACGGGCGUGGGAUCUUUUUUGGGGACAGAUUGGGGACAUUCGAUGAAACCGGAGGUGAGUUUGAAGUUGGUGAAGGAGGAUGCUUUCAACUCGAUGUUUUUCUGCGACCGGUGCCUGCGCCGUGCCGAACACGCCCAGGUUUGCAGGUAUUGUUGAUACGCCGGCCACAGGUGUUGCGACGACCCAAGACUGUAUCAGCUGACCUCCCGCUGCUUGCGGUGCUGUGCGGUGUGCGCCUGGCUCGACUCGAUUCUUUUUCUCUCCGGUCUAGCCUCAAGACUUGGCCAGAGACCAGUUGCGUCGAGUUCCGCCCCUUUUUUUAUCCCUUUCCUUUUCGGGAUUGGCCAAAAAGGUGACUCUGCAAUUGGAUGCAAUUGGCUUUUUCAGCCGCUCCUCGAGGUAAGUACUUGAGGUAACUACUCGCGGCGCACUCGUGUGUUUUUUCAUGCGAAGGAGGGCUUCUUUUUUGGGGUGGCCUCCGCAGGUGG